AUGCUGGCCCAGUGCUGCCUCCGGGCGCCCGCCGGCGCGGCGCGCGGCCAGGCGCCGGCGCAGCGGCAGCGUGUGGUUCGCGCGGGCGGCUGGAAGGAGGGCGGGCGGCUGCGCGCGACCGCGGACAUGCAUGCGGGGUCGGUGCCGUUCAACACUGGGGAGGACCACCUCGCGGAGUGGACGCCGGACUCGUGGAAGAACUACACCGCGCUGCAGCAGCCCUCGUACCCUGACGAGGCCGCGCUCCGGGCCGCGUGCUCCGAGAUUGAGGCCAUGCCGCCGCUCGUAUUCGCGGGCGAGAUGCGCAGGCUCCAGGCGCGGCUCGCCAAGGCCGCGACGGGCGAGGCAUUCAUCCUACAGGGCGGCGACUGCGCGGAGGCGUUCUCGCAGUUCUCCGCGAACCGCAUCCGCGACCUGUACCGCCUCAUCCUCCAAAUGAGCGUGGUCAUGAUGUACGGCGGCGGCGUGCCCGUGGUCAAGAUCGGACGCAUCGCCGGGCAGUUCGCCAAGCCGCGCUCCGCGGACCUCGAGACCAUCGACGGCGUCAGCCUCCCGUCCUACCGCGGCGACAACAUCAACGGCCCGGAGUUCACGGAGGAGGCUCGCGUCCCGGACCCAAACCGCCUGGUGCGGUGCUACCACCAGUCCGCGGCGACGAUGAACCUGCUGCGCGCGUUCUCGACGGGCGGCUACGCGGGCCUGGACCGCGUGAAGGACUGGAACCUCGACUUCAUGGCGAACAGCGACGCCGGCACGGACUACCAGGCCCUGGCGGCGCGUGUGGACGAGGCCCUGGCCUUCCUCGACGCGGUGGGCUUCGACGCGGAGUCCUCGGGCCUGCUCCAGAACACGGAGUUCUACACGUCGCACGAGUGCCUGUUGCUCGACUACGAGCAGGCGCUCACGCGCGAGGACUCGACCACGGGGCUGUGGUACAACUGUAGCGCGCACUACGUGUGGUGCGGGGAGCGGACGCGGCAGCUGGACGGCGCGCACGUGGAGUUCCUGCGCGGCGUCGCGAACCCGAUCGGCGUGAAGGUCUCGCACACGAUGGAGAGGGACGAGCUGGUGCAGCUCAUCACGACGCUCAACCCGAACAACGUGCCCGGGCGGCUGGUGAUCGUGACGCGGAUGGGCGCGGACAACAUGCGGAAGCACCUCCCGGGGCUCGUGCAGGCGGUGCGGGACGCGGGCCUCGUGGUGACGUGGCAGUGCGACCCCAUGCACGGCAACACCGAGGCGUGCAACGGGUAUAAGACGCGCAAGUACGAGAACAUUCGCGCGGAGGUCGAGGCGUUCUUCGACGUGCACGACGAGUGCGGGACCGUCCCCGGCGGCAUCCACCUCGAGAUGACGGGCGAGAACGUGACGGAGUGCGUGGGCGGCGGGGCGGGCGUGCAGCCCGACGACCUGUCGAGCCGCUACCACACGCACUGCGACCCGCGGCUGAACGCGGAGCAGUCCCUCGAGAUGGCCUUCUACGUCGCCAGCCGGUUGCGCUCCAACCGCCUCCGGCGCGAGGCGCUGAAGCAGCAGGAGGACCCCACCAAGGUCUACGGCGGCAGCAAGGCCUCGCACUAG